AAUAAUAAUAAUAAUAAUAAUAAUAAUAAUAUAUAUACUGUAUAACUAUCUUGUCAAUGUUUGCUUGUAAACAGUUCCACACAUCAAGUCUGUGUGUCUAAUGUUGCAUUUUUGAUACUUUAAUUCAUAAUUUUCUGCUUAGUUGACAGAAUUGUGAUAAUAACAUAGAAGAAAUGUCGGUCCAUCCACCCCCAAAGAGGAAAGAAAUAUACAAGUACUCGGCUCCAUGGACACUCUACAGCAUGAAUUGGUCUGUACGACCUGACAAAAGAUUCAGGCUUGCGGUGGGAAGUUUCGUGGAAGAGUACAACAACAAAGUUCAAAUUGUUCAGCUGGAUGAAGACACGUCUGAGUUUGUUGUUCGCUCCACAUUCGACCAUCCUUACCCAACUACGAAAAUUAUGUGGAUUCCUGACAGUAAAGGUAUAUAUCCUGAUCUUCUGGCUACUAGCGGUGACUACUUGCGUGUGUGGCAGCAAGGAGCAGAUGGCGACACAAGAAUGGCAUGUCUAUUAAAUAAUAAUAAAAACUCAGAUUUCUGUGCUCCGUUAACAUCUUUCGAUUGGAAUGAAGUUGAGCCGAACCUGAUUGGAACCUCUUCAAUUGACACAACAUGUACCAUCUGGGGGCUGGAGACUGGGCAGAUGCUGGGACGAGUUAAUGUGGUCUCUGGGCACGUGAAAACACAGCUAAUAGCUCAUGAUAAAGAAGUGUUUGACAUUGCAUUUUCAAGAGCUGGGGGCGGGAGAGACAUGUUUGCAUCUGUCGGUGCUGAUGGCUCGGUAAGAAUGUUUGACUUACGGCACUUGGAACAUUCGACUAUCAUUUAUGAAGAUCCUGCACACACUCCUCUGUUGCGACUAGCAUGGAAUAAGCAAGACCCUAACUAUCUUUCGACUGUAGCCAUGGAUGCCUGUGAGGUAAUAAUUUUAGACGUAAGAGUUCCAUGUACACCUGUGGCUAGACUCAACAACCAUCGAGCAUGUGUAAAUGGCAUAGCAUGGGCCCCGCAUUCAUCUGUUCACAUUUGUACUGCAGGUGAUGAUCAUCAAGCAUUAAUAUGGGAUGUACAACAGAUGCCUCGGGCAAUAGAAGACCCAAUAUUAGCCUACACGGCGGCAGAAGGAGAAAUAAAUCAAAUUCAGUGGGGAGCAACACAACCAGAUUGGAUUGCUAUCUGCUACAACAAGUGUCUUGAAAUCUUGCGAGUGUGAGUGGAUUGGUGUGUGCAGAUUCUCUACUGGACCUGUUAGAAACCCCAUUGGAUUUUCAUCCUGUUGAAGCAACAACAGGACAAUAGGUGCAUGAGAAUCAACAGUAAGCAGAGUGUAAUGUUACGUAUACAGUUUGAUUAGUACAGUCAAAUAUUUGCUUUCCUGUAACUUAAGUUAAUGUUUAGCCCAAUUUGCAUCUCUUAUUGAACCAUGUUGAAUUUUUUAUUUUAAUGAUAAUUUUCACAUCGGUUACUUUCUGUUCAUCGGUGUUGUAUUAAACGGUCGUAUUUUGAGCUCUUGAUGGAUUAUUGUUAAUGAUAAUUCAAGAAAGCAUAGCUUGUUUUUAUUAAGGAUGCCAUACAUUACAGGUAUUUUAUAUUGAGGGAUCACCCUUACAAUUAUUUUUUUUCAGUUAUUGUUGAAAGCAAGUGCAAGUUUUAGUCUCUGCCUUUGUACAUAUCAUAUGACUUCACAAUUAAUUUUUUAUGGUAUCAUUUGGCAAAUUGCUCAUAUUGCAGUAACCAGCAUGCUGCACCAGUCAGUUUACACCACCUCCAAAUGUUUAUCAUGUCUUCAACUACACCCAGCUGUGAUCCCCCCCCCCCUCCCCUCCCACUCUUCAUAUCCACUCUUCAUAUUCUCACCCAGUUACCAUAAAUAAAAAUAAAAACUUAUUAGAUCACAUGAAUUAUAAUGGUUUAUGAAAUAUAUUCAGCCAGUAUGUAUGUAUGUGUAUAUAUAUAUAUAUGUAUGUAUAUGCGCACUACUGCAUAAUAAGUAGAAAUUUGAACAAUGUAAGUAAUCUUGCUGUGGUUUUGCAAUUAAACUCUAAAAUGCUUACAGGCUUGGGCAGCCAACCAAAUAUAUAGGGGCAAGGGGCUGGGUAUGAAUGAUAAAAGAUAUUGGAGGAACAGUAAUGUUUAAAUGAGUUGAGAAUGUGUAGUGUAGUGCUGAUGUUGGCAAAGAAACCGAACCUUAAUUUGUAUUUGCAGCAUUUUGUGUAUAUUUCUUGCAAGUCAUAGAAGUGUGUUGAGAGGAGAAUAGAAACACUGUAAUCAGCAUGACUUAUGUCCUUGUUAAAUAAGGUUUGGGUAUAUUUAAAGUGGAUUCUGACACUAGAGAACAAAGUGUAAUAAAAAAUACUCUUGUAGUCUUAAAACUAAAUUUUAACCUGUUUUGUAGUUUCUGUUGAUUACAGUGGGAGCUGCAGUACUUUUGAACAGUUGAGACACAGACAUCGUAGGCAAAUAACAAUUACAAUUAACUCCUUUCUCAGUUGUUAGGUAAUGUUGUUAUAUCAGUGUAUAUAGGUUAAUAAUCCUUACUUUACAAGUGGUCUAAAAGUUUCAAUAAAAGAUGUCAUUCUUCCACCAGGUAGCUUGGUUUUAAAAUAAUGUUUUGCCAUUUAUUACGACCCCAACGGUAAAAUUGCAUAAGAGAUAGACGAUGGGUAUAUUUGAAUGUUGCAUGUAUAGUACUACAAAGAUUAUCCAAGUCGGGAUAAGUUGCAGUUUCUUCUUUUUUAAAAAUUAUCAGGCUUUUAAGAAAUCAAAAUUGGCAUAGCAAGUGUUCAUAGGACAUGUAUAUAUAGGACAUCCUCUCCCACAGUGUUUACACUGUAUGUCAUCUGUAAUCAUACUCAAGGCAAUAAUUAUUUCAAUACAUGAGCUUACCACACCCACCUCUGCUGCCUCGCUAAUGAUCCACCCCUUGACCUUGUGCCUUCUACCACUCGUCACAUAUCCCCUACGGAUGUGAGCGCGGAUGGAGGAGAGGUUUCGCCUCAUAUGACACUUUACUUCAAAUAUAAUUAUUUAACACUUGAGCAAAAGUAUAAGAAUUUGCUCGCUUUGCUUUGGUUCAAAAUAAAUAUAUAUAUAUAUACAUACAUACAGUACAUAUAAAAUGAGAUAGAAGUUGAAGGUUUAUGUAUGGUGGAUAUGGUAUUGUAAUGCACUAGAUCCACUGUAUUGUGACUGGAAAAAGAAGUACAAAUAUUGGGUAGAUGAAUGUAGGACAACUUGGCACUUGCUUAUUUUCCAGUUAAGACGUGUGUGCAUUCUAUUGUUUAGAAACCAUAAACCAUCUUGGUGCUGUUUUGAUGCCAUUAUUUUAUUAUUUGUUUCUGGCAUUCUGUUGUAUUGCGUGGUUUGAUUGCUCACAAAUACAACCCAGUGCACGUCUUCUAACAGACAAAGGCAUUUGGCAUUCUGCACCACCACCACAGUUCAGUAAUUGGUGUUGCAUUUAUUUUAAUAUUAAAUAUACUUCUCACAGACUUUUACCCCACUCCCACCUCACUGUUGAGUCAGACAAGCAUUUACUUUAUAAUUCAGUUGAAGAAACGGUUAAAUGAUCUCAGAUUGUAGUGUGUAUUUGCCCCUUAAAUAUACGAUUGUAUCUUAUUUCACAUGAGACUGUGCACAUACGACUGAUCUCAUUGAAGAUAAUUCCUGAGGAUUCAUUUUAAUAGUACAAGACUGUGCUGUAAUUGGAAAAUAAUAUUACAAGCUACAACCAUUUUGAAUUUUCUGUUUAUCACAGUAACAUUAGUGUACAUACAUUUUAGAGUAAUUUCUCUAACAUUUUUGGUGUAAAGUAGAUCCUUUGUAUGAGAAAAGUAUUCAUAGUUUUAUAUUGUAUGCAGAGUUCUGUUAGCAGUAUUGAGCAUUUUGCGCUGACAUUCAAGUUGUUUUGCCAGCCGAGCUGAGUUAAGAUAAAAAAAAUUAGUUUAUACUGAAAUGAUCUUGAGAAAUUAUAGGGCUUACAGUUGUCAUUUAGUCAAGCAUUAAAGUCAUUAAUGAUGUUAUUAGGGAGACAACUUGGGUGUCAGUUAAUGUGCAAGUUUAUAGUAUUGAACUUGGAAAUCGUUAAUUAGUCUAUUCAUCCACUGUACAAACCAUAUCAUCACCAAAAAAAGAUCCUGCUUGUGUUGUUUCAAUUUUGUAAUUUAUGUAAUAAGUUUUAAGAAUUGUAUAAUACAUUUUUUAUAUUA